UCGAAAGCAGCUCCUUAGCGAACUCGUUUCAUUUUCCCAGUCCUUGGGAGCAAAGCAGUCAAUGACGCCGGCCUUGCUCACCAGCCACUCCUAGCUAGUCGAUUGUCAGUAAUCGAACAGCCUUACUGAACCUUUCCUGAACCUGGGCAGCCACAAGCGAUCAGGAAGACACUUGUCAAAGGCCUCUUCUGAAGAGCUCAAAGCUGCCUACCGGAGGCUGUGUAUGCUUUACCACCCAGACAAGCACCGAGACCCAGAUCUCAAAUCACAAGCAGAACGACUAUUUAACCUUGUCCACCAGGCUUAUGAAGUGCUUAGUGACCCCCAAACCAGAGCCAUCUAUGAUAUAUAUGGAAAGAAAGGACUGGAGAUGGAAGGAUGGGAGGUUGUGGAAAGGCGGAGAACUCCAGCUGAGAUCAGAGAAGAGUUUGAGCGGCUGCAGAGAGAGCGGGAAGAGAGGAGGUUGCAACAGCGAACCAACCCCAAGGGGACCAUCAGCGUCGGCGUAGAUGCCACCGACCUCUUCGAUCGCUAUGACGAGGAGUAUGAAGAUGUGUCUGGAAGUGGCUUUCCACAGAUUGAAAUUAAUAAAAUGCAUAUAUCUCAGUCCAUCGAGGCACCCUUGACAGCUACAGACACCGCCAUCCUCUCCGGAAGCCUCUCCACCCAGAAUGGCAACGGAGGGGGCUCCAUCAACUUCGCUCUUCGGAGAGUCACUUCUGCCAAGGGGUGGGGAGAGUUGGAAUUCGGAGCUGGGGACUUACAAGGACCUUUAUUUGGUCUCAAGCUGUUCCGUAAUCUCACACCAAGAUGCUUUGUGACGACAAACUGUGCUCUGCAGUUUUCAUCCCGUGGAGUCCGGCCUGGUCUCACCACCGUCCUGGCUCGGAACCUGGACAAGAACACCGUGGGCUACCUGCAGUGGCGGUGGGGCAUCCAGUCAGCCAUGAACACCAGCAUCGUCCGUGACACCAAGACCAGCCACUUCACUGUGGCCCUGCAGCUGGGCAUCCCCCACUCCUUCGCUCUCAUCAGCUAUCAGCACAAGUUCCAAGACGACGAGCAGACACGAGUGAAGGGCUCGCUCAAGGCGGGCUUCUUUGGGACGAUCGUGGAGUAUGGUGCGGAAAGGAAGAUCUCCAGGCACAGCGUCCUGGGUGCCGCUGUCAGCAUUGGAGUCCCGCAGGGCGUGUCUCUCAAAGUCAAGCUGAACAGGGCCAGUCAGACCUACUUCUUCCCCAUCCACCUGACGGACCAGCUGCUGCCCAGCGCCGUGUUCUACGCCACGGCGGGGCCUCUCGUGCUGUACUUCGCCAUGCACCGGCUCAUCAUCAAGCCGUACCUCAGGGCGCAGAAGGAGAAGGAGUUGGAGAAGCAGAGGGAGAACACCGCCAGUGACAUCCUGCAGAAGAAGCAAGAGGCCGAAGCCGCCGUACGGCUCAUGCAGGAGUCUGUCCGAAGAAUCAUCGAGGCAGAGGAGUCCAGGAUGGGGCUCAUCAUCGUGAACGCCUGGUAUGGGAAGUUCGUCAACGACAAGAGCAGGAAGAGCGAGAAGGUGAAGGUGAUCGACGUGACGGUGCCGCUGCAGUGCCUGGUGAAGGACUCCAAGCUCAUCCUCACCGAGGCCUCCAAGGCCGGGCUGCCGGGCUUCUACGACCCCUGUGUGGGGGAGGAGAAGAACCUGCGAGUGCUGUACCAGUUCCGGGGCGUGCUGCACCAGGUGAUGGUGCCGGACAGCGAGGCCCUGCGGAUACCCAAGCAGUCUCACAGGAUCGACACAGACGGAUAAACUCCUUGGGGACAUGAUUUCUAAAAGGCUUCAGAAAUUCUUUUCCUGGGAAUCUACAAAUUUGGAGGCAGGGAAAACCAGACACCGGUGUUGUUCUUUCUCCCUCUGAGAAGUGGCAUCUAUCAAUUAUGAGAAGGGACGCGCAGACGCCCUGCUUCACGAGCCUGUGACGACUGAGGAGCCCCCACGUGCUGCGCCGCCUCCUGUCCCCAAGGAUCAUGUUCCUGGAGGGCGGGGCCGGGCCCUCUUCGUCCCGGUCCGGUCCUCAGCACACCGCUGCCUGGAGUUCUGGUCCCCAGGAGGGAUUUAUGGAACAUCUGCCCCCAGGUCCACGCCUCCUCCAGCCACACUGGCCACGGGACACGUGGACAGGAAGAAGGAAGGCGUGCCCUGUGCCAGGCCUCCAGACCAGGGGCGCAUGCUCCAGGGCUUCCCGAGACCACCUUUCUUUGCUGGUGUAUUACUACAUGAACCUGGAGAGGACUGUGGGUUUAUAAAACUGCAUUUUAUCUGAGAACAAACAGGUUUGGAAAUCAGU